AUGGCAAUCGAAGCCAAGGCCGAUGUUGUCGUUGAUAACCUCUCGAACGACGAGGUUCUGGAGCUUUUGCGAGCCUUCGGGGCCGAGCCUGUGGGCGAGCCCGUUCGGCUCUUCGGCGGCUAUGCUUCCUCCAAUUUCAAGGUCACGGCCAAGGUGGACGGAGGUGAGAGCAGACCGUACCUCCUGAAGGUCAACUACUAUGGCUUGAACCUUGAGGACAUCGAGCAUCAGCUCUUUGUCAUGAAUCAUUUAAGGAGCACCUCCUUCCCAACGAACUAUCCUUAUCCUUCCAAGUCUGGUGCCUUCUACGAGGUCAAGGGCGGUCGGACUGCGAUACUCUUGGACUUCAUCACGGGAAAGAGAGGAGAUGAAAUGCUGGCGUCAGACGAGGGAAAGACCGAGAAGCUUCUCAAAGAGCUGGCCGCAGCGCUGGCGCAGCUCCACCAGGCCCAUGGUAGAGCCUAA